AGCUGAGGCCGAUAAGGAUUGUUGGCCUUGCCAGCAGGAACCAUGUCUUGGCAUUUCCCCCUCUUCCUCGUGGUCACAGUGACUUUGCCCUCCGUGUGCCUCCAGUUUAAUCCUCAGCCUCUGGAGGAACUAGGCUCUGACAUAGGGAUCCAAGUUUUCCACCAGAUUGUCAAGUCCAGGCCUCAGGACAACAUCGUCGUCUCCCCCCAUGGGAUCGCGUCUGUGCUGGGGAUGCUGCAGCUGGGAGCCGAUGGCCGAACCAAGGCGCAGCUCACCUCCGUGAUGAGAUACGGCGUGAAAGGAGCUGGUAAAACGUUAAAGAAGAUCAACAAGGCCAUCGUCUCCAAGAAGAAUAAAGAUAUUGUGACGGUGGCUAAUGCAAUGUUUGUGAAGAAUGGCUCUAAAAUCGAAGUGCCUUUCAUUACCAGGAACAAAGAUGUGUUUCAGUGUGAAGUCCGGAAUGUGAACUUUAAGGAUCCAGCCUCCGCCUGUGAUUCCAUCAAUGCGUGGGUUAAAAAUGAAACCAGGGGUAAGAUCGACAAUCUGCUCUCCCCUGACCUGAUCGACGGCGUGCUCACCAGAAUGGUCCUGGUCAACGCCCUGUAUUUUAAGGGUUUGUGGAAAUCACGGUUUCGACCCGAGAACACAAAGAAACGUCCAUUUGUGGCAGCUGACGGGAAGUCCUACCAAGUGCCCAUGCUAGCCCAGCUCUCUCUGUUCCGGAGCGGGUCAGCAAGCACCCCCAAUGGCUUAUGGUACAACUUCAUUGAACUGCCCUACCACGGGGAGAGCAUCAGCAUGCUGAUUGCGCUGCCGAGCGAGAGCUCCACCCCUCUCUCGGCCAUCAUCCCUCACAUCAGCACCAAGACCAUAGACAGCUGGACCAGCAUGAUGGUGCCCAAGAGGGUGCAGGUCGUCUUGCCCAAGUUCACAGCCACAGCAGAAAUGGAUCUGAAGGAGCCGCUGAAAGUUCUUGGCAUCACCGAGAUGUUUGACCCAUCAAAGGCAAAUUUUGCUAAAAUAACAAGGUCAGAAAACCUUCAUAUUUCUCACAUCUUGCAAAAAGCAAAAAUUGAAGUCAGUGAAGACGGAACCAAAGCUUCAGCAGUCACCACUGCGAUUCUAAUUGCAAGGUCAUCUCCUCCCUGGUUUAUAGUGGACAGACCUUUUCUAUUUUUCAUCCGACAUAAUCCUACAGGUGCCUUCUUAUUCAUGGGGCAGAUCAACAAACCCUGAAAGGUCCUACAGAAGAAGCCAUGCAAAGCAAACCCAACUUUGCUAUGAAGAGAAGACUCCUUGCCUACAUCUCUCAUAGUUCUGUUAAAUAUUUUUUUACAUUCCUUUCUUUUUCAAAACUAGUUCUUAGGAACAGAGACUCAAUGAUGUAAGCAUUUCUAUUCCAAGAUGUGUUACAGGCGGGAAAAGGGCAGGAUGGCUGGAACCCUGUACUGAGCAAUGACUAGAGGGCUUCCAAAUGUUUAAAAGAGUCUUUAAACUACUGAGUGGUUACCUAGGUAACAACCCUCUUGAGUAUUUACUGUCCAGUUCAGGAUUUUUGUUUUGUUUUGUUUAAUGUAUGGCUUUGCAGAAGACAUUGAAUCAGUGUGAUGGGGGGAAAAGACAUUUUAUCGUAGCUUUUACAUUUUUAUGGAAAAAAAUAUUAUUGGCCUUUUAAAUUUUUUUUGGUCUCAUCCAAAGUCUUGAUAGUAAGCAUUAUUUGGGGGGUAGAAAUAGCGAAAUCUCUAGCCUCUUUGUGUUUUUGAUGUUGUUGUUGCUGUUGUUUUAUAUAAUGCACGUAUUCACUAAAAUAAAGUUUUAAAAACUAAUGUCUUGCUAGACAAGGUUUGCUGUUGUGCAGUGUGCCUGUCGCUACUGGUCUCCUGUACUCUUUGGAUUUGCAUUUUUGUAUUUUGUACAAAGUAAAAAUAAAGUGUUAUGAGUAGUAAAAAAAAAAAAAAAA